ACGUGGUUGGCGCACUCAGCGACCUACGACACGGUCGCUUCCCUGCAUCAACCAGUGGUGAUAGUCUUGGAGAGGAGGUCACUGUAGCUCUUCGACAACUCGAGACUGUAUGUGGGAAGCCAGUGGGAUGAAACCCGCCCGAGGCAGCCAUUCCUGCGGCAACUCAUCAUGAACAAAAACCGUUGGUCUGAUUCUUUGCGUACAAUUCACCAAGACAGGUUUUGCAUGUGCGAUGCAGCCAUUCUACAUCUUUUCUCCAUGCAUGAACGCUGGACAUAAGCUCGGAUAGAUGUCUCCACAAGAGCCGGCUGCGGCGGGACUACAAGUCUUGCAUAGAAACCUGCACAUGAUCACAGACACAGAAGCGUCGUACCUGAAACUGGAAUCUUACUUGUUCCCGGGCCUCAUCAUUUUGGAUGCGGAGUACAGCGCCGGUUCGCCGAGCCUAAGUAUCGUACCCUGAAGCGGACCCCGCGCCUCAAGACUAUUUGGGAAAAAGCAGGAACAAACUAACAGCUCCACAUUAUACAAGGCUACUCAUAAGUGGCUUUCGAUCGGCAUUGCACGUUUUGAUCGCUCUGGGUCACAAGACCUUUCUGCUAUCAUUGCCAUUUUUCUCUUUUAGGCGACUCGCCGGCUAUUGCAGCCGCAAUGUCAGUCGGAUCGACGUCGACUUCUUUCACAUGGCCUGUUUUACCUAGUCAAUCUGAUUCUCCCGUCGUC